UUCCUCGUGGAGACCACGUGCGUCGUCUGGUUCACCUUCGAGCUGCUGGUGCGCUUCUCCGCCUGCCCCAGCAAGGCCGAGUUCGCGCGCAACAUCAUGAACGUCAUCGACGUGGUGGCCAUCUUCCCCUACUUCAUCACGCUGGGCACCGAGCUGGCCGAGCAGCAGCCGGGCGGCGGCGGCGGCCAGAACGGGCAGCAGGCCAUGUCGCUGGCCAUCCUGCGCGUGAUCCGCCUGGUGCGCGUCUUCCGCAUCUUCAAGCUCUCGCGCCACUCCAAGGGGCUGCAGAUCCUGGGCAAGACGCUGCAGGCCUCCAUGCGCGAGCUCGGGCUGCUCAUCUUCUUCCUCUUCAUCGGCGUCAUCCUCUUCUCCAGCGCCGUCUACUUCGCGGAGGCCGACAGCCCCGGGACCCACUUCUCCAGCAUCCCGGACGCCUUCUGGUGGGCGGUGGUCACCAUGACCACGGUGGGCUACGGGGACAUGUACCCCAUGACCGUGGGUGAGAGUCUGGGCAUUGUGGAUGCAACUCAGAUGAUCAACACCGUCUGA